GCUUCGUCAGUCGCGUUCCGGGCAUCGAGUCGAGAGGUAGUGACUAUGCCACGUUCCCGGAAAACGCGAAAAACCACGUAACUUCCGGCUCUCGUUCAAACCGGGUGCGCUCCUACAGCUCGGAAAAGUUACUCGACCUCGUCCCGUGUUCACAGUGGAUUAUCACCGGGAUAUUACGAUCUAGUGUGCCCGCAACGUUUCGCUACUAACGAAUUGUCAUCUUCAGGGUUAAAGAUUGAUUGACGAUGUGAUAUGUAUAUGUGAAUAUUAUUGUGCUUUACUUUCGAUCGUUUUGGAAUUUUUGUGUGGUUUAUAUUUUAGUCCAGUGGAUUCGACUAUUUUUUCAUAAUGGUGGACAACAGUUGUGUUAUCGAAGGAUCUGUCAAGUUCAGGGAUGGAAAGAAGUGGAAAUCGAGAUGGUGUGUUAUGAGAAAGUUAUCUCCAGUUGCAGAUUGCCUGCAUCUCCAACUGUACAGAGACUCCAAAGACCGCUACAAGCAAGGCCAGACCAAGGCCUCCCUAUCCCUAGAACACUUCCUAGGCCUCGAGUCAGGCUUCACCCUAGACAAGGAAUCCCACACAGUAGCCAUACUAUGCCAGGACGUCGUAGUAGUCCUAGCCUUCGACAACAGAGAGCGCCUCAUGCAGUGGCAGGUCAAGCUCAGUUCACACCUGGGUGACGGACCGCACUUCUUGGUACUCAUCUCUUCCGCCCCGCCAAAAUCCAGAAUUCCCCAGGGUCCUGCCAGGUUGCACGUGCAAGAGAGGGGGUUCUGUCUGACGACAGGGGUGCCUCCAAGGAUAUCCGGUCAGUGGCUCAUCAGCAACCUGAGGAGGUAUGGAGUGGUGGAGGGGAGGUUCUGUUUCGAGGGUGGGUCCAGAUGUGGAAAGGGGGAGGGGCUGCAUGUCUUGCUGACGGAUCAGGGGGAUGAAAUAACGAGUACGUUCAAGGUGGCUGCGACCGGUAGCUUGCACAGUUCUAGAAGGAGGCCUGUUUCUAGGAAUAUGUCAGUUAUGGACAGUCCCCGUCGACCUCCUCUUCGAAGCGAUGGACGCGCAGUCCUAGACCUAAGCGAAGGCUCUAUGUCCAGGGCAGACUCGCCCUAUACGGACCUGGAAAGUAACUACGGCUGUGGAGAUAGUAUAUCAAAUGACGGUUGGGGUCCACCUCCUAUAGAAAGGUGUAUGAGCUGCAUCAGCAAACUCGGAGCCUUGUCUAGGUCUUCCACGGCCACCGUACCCAUGGGCUUGACGCCUUUCUGGGAGCACACUUGUGAUGGUCACUCGAUCAGCAGCGGUUCGGACAGCAGUGGAUGGAGUCAGACGAUAACCAGGCCUCCGGCUAGGCCACCCAAACCUGGCUGUUCGGUUAUGAGUCCUACUAAGGCCAAUCAAGGUCAACCUAGCUACGAUAAUUAUGACGUACCGAAAAUACCAUAUCCAGUGGAAUCAAAAGGCGACGAGCACUACGACACACCAAGGAAGCUCAAGGAAUGCAUAUUCGAAACUGUACAGAAACCCUGCGGCUGCAUAGUACGCAUCCGCCAACCGGAAGGAGAGAAACAGCCGGAAAGACAACCAGAACGCCACCCUGAAAAACAACCAGAUCGUCCAUGCGUCUGCCAACGACUAAUGUCCUGCUGGACGACCACCGAAGACGUACACGCCCUUUACGCAACUGUAGAUAAAAGCAAGAAGUGUCAUCGGACGCAACCUACCGCCAGCAACGCAAACUACGCCAACCUAGCACCGCAUAACGAAGCCAUCGAACGUCCACCGGAAAAGACCCAACCACCAACCAUUCCAGCUGCCACCAACUACGAAAACAUGGAAUUUGCUCAAACGCUUCAGCUCUACGAGAACUCCAAAGAGAUCCAGGACAAAUGCAGGGAUACGUGCGAGAAGUGCGGUCAUUCUCAAGAGGAUUAUCUGAUGAUGGAGCCGUCCAACAAGCCUGCACAACCACACCCUGGCUACCUCCCGAUGUCACCUGCUGUUAAGCAGCGUUUGGAGAAGGUGUUGUCUAAUAGUAACCCGAAUUUAGGACCAGCCUUAGAUCGCUCGAACAAACCUUCAGGGUCUUCCAUGUUCCAGGCGAACAUCUACCAACGAAAACAAAUACUAGACUACACGGAUAACCUACAACGAAAGAGAUCCAACUCUGCAGAUUCCUCCAGCAGAUGCGAGGAGACCGAGAUGUCUUCACCGACGCCUCCAACGACUUGCCAGUGCAGCCAGCAGAUAGCGGUAAGGAGGUCUUCCUCCGUGCCCUGCAAGUCCAACAGGGAUUCGUCGAGUUCCAACGAUUCAGGUGUAUUCGAACUGCCACGCAAGGUUCAAUUAUGUCCAACUACUCUUCCUAGACGUUCUAAGUCGUCGGAUCCGCUUAGGGAUCUUAGUUUUCAAUUCAACAAGACUGAUGGUAAAUCUGCCAGUGCCGAGGCCGAGGUUCCUGUCUGUCCUUCGGGAUCUACCAGUAGUGGGACGUCUGAUAUGUCCGAUUAUUUCGAGACGCUGUCUUUAUCCUCGCAUAGUUCUAGCGAAGCACCUCCACCUAGCUGUACGCUGAGACCGAGGUCUGGUAACGAGUAUCUCAGUCUUCAGAGGCUGAUAGCACCGGUCCCGGAGGAACGACACAACUAGUCCGUUAUAUUUUAAGCAAUAAACUUAAACUAGCGUUUAGUACAUUAUAUUUACAGAAUAUUAAAAUUAUGUAUGUAAUCUUUUCUGUAUAAAGGUAUUUACUUUAUAAAUAAAUUAUUAUAUGAUA